AUGUUCCAAGCUGUAAGAACCAUAGCUCUACACUCACCUUCACUAUGCACAGUCGCUUCAGAUAAACCAUCAUCACAAUCUCCUUCAACAAUUUCCAAACCAAACACAACCCAUUUAACUCCCAAACCCAAAAGCCUCCUCCAAAACCACCCUCUUUACACACAAACUCAUGAAAAACUCUCCCUUCACUUCAAAGAAAAAAUCUUAUGUCUUGAAGUAAUGGGCAUUGAUUCAGGUAAAGCACUUUCCCAAAACCCUAACCUUCACACAGCUUCCAUAGAAUCCAUUCAUUCCAUUAUCUCCUUCCUUGUCUCCCACGGCAUCCUACAUAAAGAUCUUCCAAGAAUCUUUGGCAUGUGCCCAAAGAUUCUCACUUCAAGCAUCCAAACUGAUCUCAUCCCAGUUUUUGAUUUUCUUGUCCGUGAACUUAAAGUGCCUGAUUAUAACUUUAGAAAAGUUGUGAAAAAGUGUCCAAGAUUGCUUACUUCUAGCGUGGUGGAUCAGCUUAAACCAGCUUUGUUUUAUUUAAAGAGAUUAGGGUUAAGGGAUUUAGAGGCUUUGGCUUAUCAAGAUUCUGUUCUUUUGGUUUCCAAUAUUGAAAGGACACUUAUUCCUAAGCUUAAGCAUUUGGAGAGCAUGGGAUUUACUAAAGAAGAGACUAGGUUUAUGGUUUUGAGGUGUCCUCCUUUGUUGACAUUUAGUAUUGAGAAUAAUUUUCAGCCAAAGUUUGAGUAUUUUUCUGUGGAAAUGGGAGGGAAGUUGGAGGAGUUGAAAGGGUUUCCUCAGUAUUUCUCUUUUAGUUUGGAGAAUAGGAUCAAAGUUAGACACAAGGAGGUUGUUGACAGUGGAGUCAAUUUGCCUUUGUCAUUGAUGCUUAAAAGUACUGAUGAUGAGUUUAGGGAGUUGAUAAAGAAAGGGAAUGGAGGUGGAUGA